AUGAGUGAAGAAGAUCACCAAAGUUUUGUAGCCACCUUGGAAUCCUUUAGGGAGCUGAAAUCUGGGAUUUCUGGGUCUCGUAUUAAAAAACUGACGACUAAUGCACUUGAGCAUGUUGAAGACGAAGAAAAGAUAAUCUCUUUGAUCAUUAACUACUCAAGGACUUGUUCGGAUUCUCACAAGUUGGGUUCUUUGUAUAUCAUCGACUCGAUCGGUAGGGCGUACUUGGACGAGGCUAGAGCGAACGAUGAAUAUAUCAAAUCCACUGCGAAACCUGGUACUUGUGCACACGCAGUUUAUACACUUGGUGAGUCUAUACAGGAACUCUUAACCAGUGCCAUCUCCAAGAGUAAUGAGGACCACAGAGAGAAGAUACGAACUUUGAUCGAUAUUUGGGAUCGAGCUGGUCUUUUCCAGAAGGGCUACUUGAAUGCCAUUAGGGCAAAAUGCUUUUCAAUGGAUGUAGUUGCUAACGAGGGCCAGUCCGCCACCAGUGCUAGCACAACUAACCACCUUGCCGAGGAUCCAAAGGAGAGAUGCAUUCAGAUUCUCAACGAUCUGAAACCUUUGAAAUUCUUCCCUUCUCUCACACUACCACCAGCCUUGAGCUCUCCAGACGCUGCACAGCAGCAAGCCGGCUUACUGCAAGCUUUGGCAACUAUCCAACAGCAAUUCAACCAGCAGCAGCAACAAAUGAAAUUGCAAGGACAAUAUGGUCAGGCAUCCGGCUUAGCUCCAUCGGCACGCAACGGACACGUUACUACUGAAUACGGCAGUAGGCGUGAACGCGAGCGGGAACGUGAGAGAUACUCCUCGAGAAGGAACAGAUCCAGAUCGCCUCCUAGAAGAGACAGCCAUCAGCGCGCCAGCGGUCCACACAGCAACUCCAAUGGUCCACUUGGCACAAAUAACCAUCAUCUAUACCCGGACGAACAGAACGUUCCAUCCAACCCUCAUUUCAGACCCAAGCCAGUGAGCUUCGAACCCAAUCUACCGCCUGAACACAUAAAGGUCUUCAGCCGCACACUCUUCGUCGGCGGCGUGCCUAUGAACAUGAAGGAAUGGGACAUUGCCAAUGUCCUGAGACCUUUUGCAGAAGUACAGAGUGUUAUAUUGAACAAUGCUAGGAAGCACGCAUUCGUGAAAGUUUACUCAAGAAGCGAGGCCGAGAAUGUGCUACUCAACUUCAAUAAAGAUGGCUCAUCACCAUUGAGAACCCGUUGGGGUGUCGGCUUCGGCCCAAGAGACUGCUGUGAUUACCAGCAUGGUUUCAGCGUUAUCCCACUUCACAGGUUGACGGAUGCCGAUAAAAAAUGGUGUGUCCAUGCUCAGUGGGGUGGCACAGGAGGCCAGCCCCUGCAAGGAGGUGUAGUAUUCGAGGAACCGGAUAUCAUCGUUGGUGAAGGUGUCUCCUCUAAAGCUAUUUCACAGAAAAUGCCAACCGACUCUGGCAGAAACGGACCAAGGUCAGGAAAAUCAAGUAAGACUACUACGGGCACUCCUCCCAUGGCUUCAUUCGCCCCAAAUCAAGCCCCUUCGCCUGGUCAGAUGUAUGCUCAAAUUCAGCAACCGUACCCUCCACAGCCAACCGCUUCUGCGUACGCACAACCUCAAGUGUCGGCUCCCAUAACAACAUACGCUCAGCAGCCCCCACAACAGCAGUCAUUCGACGCUACGGCUCAACUUAACUCUCUAAUGAGCAUGCUAAAUCAACAGCAAAACUAA